CGUAUAUUGAUAUAUAUAAAAUUAUUAGUAUUUUUAUAAAAAAAAUUUUUAAAAAUAUUAUAUAAUUCUUCAGAUGUACAGCAGGAUAUACAUAACUUUAAAUAUUUCUUAAGUUAUAAAAUAUAUUCAAAAGUUAUCGCAUGCCAAACAUUUCUGAAUUCGAGUCUUAAUAUUAUUUGAAAUUGUCUACUCUUGGUUAUUUUGGCUGUGUUUGACACGAUGUCAUUCAUUAAUUCUUUUUCUCUCCUUGAGAUUAAAAGGAUAUCAUGACAAUCAUCGAACGUCAUCAAUGUCUAUAAAUUUUCUUUUUUAGAAUAUUAGUCGCAAAUAGAUCACAAUGUACAAAAGUUAAAGAAUUCCUUGCAACAAAUCAAAUUAUCGUUCUAAAGAAUAUUAAGAUGAGCUCUUAAACAUUUUUUACAAUUUAAAAAUCAGAUGUAUAAACAGCGUCUCAGAUAAGAGAUAAAAAAGCGUUUAAAGAUAUGUUUUACCAAGAAAGUUGAAUUAUCUUAUCAAGUAUCUAAUUUAUGAUCAUCUGAAGAAAUAUGAAGCAUAUGAAGAAGAAAGAAGAAAAUAAAAAAGUAAGAAAGAUCAUGGUAGGACGACUGUAAUAGAUGGUGACUUCAGUGCUAAAACAUUAGAUUAGAUAGAGGACAGUGAAAUAUUAGGAGAAGCAAACAGAGCUAAUAAAAAUAAGAUGUAUGAAAUGGUUUCUUAACGGAAUGUAGAAAACACAUAAUAACAAAAAAGAAAUAGACAAGGCAAGGUUAGAUAAGGUGUACGCAGUGGCGUUGAACAAAAGAUUCACAAAGGAGAUAUAGAAGAGAAAGAAAUACUGAGUAGUAUACAAGCAGAGUUCUGUAGGGGAAAACAAAUGAAACUUGCACUAUGUGAUUGAGAGAGAAACUAGAAACAGGUUUUUGAUAGGAUGGAAAAAUAUGAAGAAAAAAAGAAUAAGGAAAGAUUUAAUGAAAAGGGUGAAAGAAAGAGGAUUGGUUGUUAAUACAACUAGACUUGUUUGUUACACUAACAAUAUAAUGAUCAAAAUGAAAAAGAAGAAGCGAUUGAAAAUAUAUCUGGAAAUGAGAAAGCUAAACUUAGAAUCUGAAGAUGAUAGUGUUUAG